AUGCCUAUCGACCACGCCCCGGUAACCGCCUCGAUCGGCGGGCUAAGCCAGGUGUGGAUAUCCGUGUGGGCAUCUCCGCAUACGGAAACUCGGCUCCGCCGGCCGGAUGGACCACCGCCUCGGCAUCUCCGAGACGAGACUUCGUCUGCAACACCGCAGGACACCACAAGGCAAGUGCCGAUGACCAGUCCUGACGAGGAGAGGAACAUAUUCUACGAGGACCUGCACGCCCUCCUGGAGAGAGUGCCGAAGCCGGAUAAGUGGAUUGUCCUUGGUGACUUGAACGCCCACGUCGGCAAAGACCCUGCUGCUUGGAGAGGAGUGCUGGGUCUCCAUGGUCUUGACGGCUCUAGUGACAAUGGUCUGACCCCCUUAAGAACCUGUGCAGAGUACCGGCUCAUCCUGGCGAAUACCUAA